AUGGAAUCAGAUCUUGACAUAUCAUUAUCUGAUGAUUCUAACGAAGACCACAACUUCGAAGAAGAAGAUGUCGAUUAUGCAUCAGACUGGGGUGAAGAAACACUCAACCCAACGGCGGGGCAAAUUGAAAAGGAAGCAUAUUUUGGGAAAAACAAGAAGGGCGCAAAACAUUCAACUAUUCGCCCCGAGAAUACUGGUCUGAAAAAUGAGCAGAACAUAAGUAACGAAAAUGGCUCAAUGGACAAUAGUUCCUCAGCAGCUUUCCAGUCGUCAUUCAUAACGUCGUCCUCUGGAGACCACUUCCAGUUGGUGCCGUCUAAAGGCGAGCUAAUGUCUAAGACAGAAAUGUUCUUCAAAACAAAAGUCUGCGUGCAACCACUGUGGAGUGGGUUAACGGGGCCCUCGGUGCCGCGUUGUGUUGCAGACGAGCAGCCGGCAGCAGCCAUGAUGGGGUGCGGGGGUUCCCGCGGGCUGUGUCCCUGCGUGCGCGCCAAGGGCCUGAGCGCCGCGCCGGACAGCGACUCGGACGCCAGCGACGCCAGCUCCGCCAAAAGCACCCUCCACCAGCAGCCGCAGCAGCAGGGCAGGGGUGGCGCCUGUCCGCCCGCCAGCGGGCUGCUCGCCGCGCUGUUCCGCUGCCGCAAGGCGCGCAAGAGCGAGUUCAGCAUGCCCAAGGUCGAGAGGACUAUGAAGGCGGCGAUCCUGAUCCAGCGCUGGUACCGCCGCUACCUGGCACGCAUGGAGGUCCGCCGCCGCUAUACGUGGACCAUCUUUCAGAGCAUCGAGUACGCUGGUGAGCAGGACCAGGUCAAGCUGUACAACUUCUUCAACGCGCUGCUGACACACAUGCCGGACCCGACAGUGCCACGACCGGUGGGGACGGAGGUCGCCAAGAGUCCCACUUCAGGGUCGGCGGGCGCGCAGCCAGCGGACGACGAGUCCAGCGACGGAGGACUCAGCCCGGUGGACAGCACCUACAAGGGCAUCCACGUCGGCUCGCCGCUCUCCAGGGCAGACCUCGACAACCUCAUCGACUGCUUCCGGAAAAAGAAGCAGCCACACCGCCUGCACGCGCGCUACGUGGCCAGCAUCCUGCGGGAGGCCGCCGCCGCACUCAAGCGGCUGCCCAACCUCAACCAGGCCUCCACCUCCGUCAGCAAGCAGGUCACCAUCUGCGGCGACCUGCACGGCAAGCUCGAGGACCUGCUCGUCAUCUUCCACAAGAACGGGCUGCCAUCCACGGAGAACCCGUACGUCUUCAAUGGUGACUUCGUGGACCGCGGGAAGAAGGGCCUAGAGGUGCUACUGCUAUUGUUGGCCUGUCUGCUCGUGUUCCCCGGCGGAGUCUUCCUCAACAGGGGCAACCAUGAGGACCACAUCAUGAACACGAGAUAUGGGUUCAUCAGAGAAGUGAGACUGAAGUAUCGGCAAAACGCAGACCGGCUUCUCAAGCUGAUCGAGGUGGUGUACCGGUCUCUGCCACUGGGCACAGUCGUCAACAACAAAGUGCUGGUGGUGCACGGCGGUAUCUCCGACAUCACCGACCUGGAGUGGCUGCGCUCUCUGGACAGGCACAAGUACGUGUCUCUGCUGCGGCCGCCCGUCACGGACAGCCAGGCACCUGGGGCGGAGCUCAUCGACAAGAUGGAGUGGAAGCAGGUGUUCGACAUCCUGUGGAGCGACCCGCAGCCGGCGGAGGGCUGCGUGCCCAACUCACUGCGCGGCGCCGGCACCUACUUCGGCCCCGACGUCACGGACAAGUUCCUGCAGAAGCACAAGCUGCAGUUCAUCGUGCGCUCGCACGAGUGCAAACCCGGCGGCUACGAGCUCACGCACGGCAACAAGGUGAUCACCAUCUUCUCGGCGUCCAACUACUACGAGAUGGGCUCGAACAAGGGCGCCUACCUGAAGCUGGUGGGCAGCGAGCUGUCGCAGCACUUCGUGCAGUUCACGACGGCCACGUCGCGCGCCAAGCGGCUCACCUUCCGGCAGCGCGUCGGACUCGUCGAGAGCUCCGCCAUCCGGGAGCUCAGCACGCAGAUACUGGCCUGCCGGGACUCGCUGCUCGCAGAGUUCCGAACUCACGACCCCGGCGACACAGGCUUUAUCACGGUGAGCGAGUGGUGCGCCGCCAUGGAGGCCAAGACGGGUCUGACUCUUCCGUGGCGCAUGCUGAAGGACAAGUUGGUCAGCAUGGACCCGGCUUCCGGCCGCGUGCAGUACGUCACCACGUUCCAGGAGCAUCUACCAGGCCGCAGAGCCGUCACCGAGACAACGGUGGCUGAAACGCUGUAUAGAAACAAAUCGAGCUUGGAAGCCAUCUUCAGGAUAAUAGACAAAGACAAUUCAGGUUAUAUAUCGACGGAGGAGUUCUCGGACGCGUGUUCACUGCUGAGCGAACACCUACAGAACCCCAUCUCGUCCGAGCAACUGCUUGACAUCUGCCGCUCCAUGGACAUCAACAAGGACGGCCUGGUCGACCUGAACGAGUUCCUCGAGACCUUCCGGCUGGUGGACAUGGACCGUGACGAGGGCGACGACGACGAGUACGAAUCCCCAGAGGAGAGCACCCCGCGCGCCGAGUGAACACAGAACACAGCGACACCACUGGCGACAGCCAGCCGCGGCGCUCUCUGAUCGGGUGUAAGAACGCGUCAAGGGGACAGUGCGACCGUGGUAUCUCGCAACGGCGUCGGACAUCCGUGCCGAACGAUGUGGCUAUAAACCCCAGCAAAGUGUUCCAGAAGCUGAUCUCAAGUUCAGAAGUUUCAGCGUUGCGCGAUCUCACAAUUCAUGUUUCGUCCAUCACGUUCAGAGAAGCAUGAUGAACAUCGGUACAUGAAUUUCCUUAGCAUCAAAUAAGGAAGUGAUAUCAUACCGAUAUUACCCUUCACAGUACUUGUUCCGUAUCGUAUCAUAUGGGUAGUAACCUACACAAUGCUUGUUCCAUUUAAACUGAAGGCACAAUUUUAAGCAAACGUAGAAGAACUUCCUUAUAAAUGCAUUGUGCAGCAGUGUUUGAAGUAAAUCGAACGGUACAGGACAGUAAAAAUAUAAAUAAAAGUUCAUUAUACAUCGCGAAGUUUAACUGGAAUGGUACUUGUCUAUGAUGGUGAACUUAUCGAGGUUCUAAAUGCAGAGCAUCGUGUCGACGUACAUAGAUGUAUAUAAUUUUAUUUUGUCGCAACUCUCUUCAAACGAACCCCAGUUUAUUAUUUUGCAGAACAGGACUGCAGAAUGGACAGUGAAAACCUUAAUAGAUGUAGUGAAUCUAUCCGAAUAACCAGUUGUUCUUCGUUCAGUUUGCUCAGUGUGUUAGUUCUUUUUUUAAGCACCUGUCAGUGUGCGAAACUGAUAAAACUACGCGAGUGGUGAAUAUAAGUAUUCAAUACUCCCUAUGCACGUUUCCAAGCUUUGUCUACCAAAUAACCAAAUAAUGAAGACGGAGAAGCAUUACCGAUGUCAUAAGCGUAUCUGGCCUCCUUUGAAGAAGGAAGCGUUUUUGGAGAUUAGUGGGAAAAUAUCGUCCCACAGAUGAAGACAGUUUUAUUUACUACAGAGAAAGAAAUGUGUCUGUAUUACAGUAAGAACAGCAAGUUACUCUUUCGAAAUCUAUGCGAGACAUACAACAGGUUUUUCAAGUUUCCCUCAAUUCCUUGCUGUAACAUUCAGGAGCACCCAGAAACGAAAAUUUCCUAAACGUGUGACUAAAAUAUCACCACUAAUGUUCAUAAACAACAGUGAAGGUGGUCAUUACUUUUUCGUUCCUUCCGCAGUACAAUGUAAAACUGUCACAUAUUAUAUAUCCCGGGUGUGUGUUUGGUGAUAAAGCACUACGUUAACCAGUUCGAAUUUUCAGUAGCAGGAUAAUAUCUAGUCUAAGAAGAAUGCCCAAAAUGCUUGCUGUUUUGUACAAUCCCUACAUGAUAUACAUGUCUGUGUAGUGUACGAGGAACACACUAUAAUAGUGUUAUAAAAGACUAUGUGUAACAGGUUUUGUUAAAUGAAAAGUAUUUGUCACUACCGAGGCCAGACUGGAUACCUCGUUCUAUUCAGGAUUGUAACAUCAUCCCACAAAAACCCCUGCCAUUAUGGCGUGGUCGG